AUGCCAGUGCCAUUACACUCAAAUGAACUGCAGGAUGAUCCUCAUCAGGACCAAGGUAUGUUCGCUAUACCUAUCAAAAUUGGCAAAGUAGGGGUUAAGAAAGUAAUGUGUGACUUAGGUGCAUCUAUAAAUGUAGUGCCAUUGUCUAUUUAUCAAUCUUUAAAUGUUGGCCUUUUGAAAGAAACUGGUGUGGUGAUACAAUUGGCUGAUAGAUCGAUUAUAUACCCUGAGGGAGUUUUAGAGGAUGUGCUUGUACAAGUUGGUAAUUUAGUGUUCCCUGCUGAUUUUUACAUAGUUCAUAUGGAUGAUGAUAGGUCCUCUAAUACAUAUGAUCUUCUAUUAGGUAGACCCUUCUUGACAACUGCGAGAAUAAAAAUAGAUGUUUUUGAUGGCACACUUACCAUAGAGUUCGAUGAGAAAAUUAUAAAAUUUAAUGUAUAUGGCAACAUGAAAUACCCAAAUGACUUUUCUAAUGUGUGUGAAGUGGAUAUCAUCAAACCAUUAGUCCAGCAAGUAUUUGAGUUGCAAGGUGAGGAUGAACUAACAACUGUUAUGUAUGAGAACCUGAUUAAAUCUAAAUUGGUAGCCAUACGUGCUAACUUUGUCUUACAAGGAAGGCUGAAAGAUAUUGUCCAUGAACUUGAAGCUAAUAAAAUCAAAUGUAAUGUCUCUACUUUAGAAUUACCUACUGCUCAUUCUAAAAUUUUACCAUCUGUUGUGCAAGCCCCACAACUAGAGUUGAAACUAUUGCUUGUUCACCUCAAGUAUGCGUACAUUGGGCUAGAAAGUUCUCUACCCGUAAUUAUCUCCAACAAGUUGACACCAUAUGAGGAAGAGGAGCUGAUCUGA